AUGGCAUUAUUCCUAUUCCCGAUCGACGUCAUCUUGGGAGAUAUCGAUAAAAGCUUGGAAAUCUUCGCAUCCAUGAAAAUGCUUUCCGUCGCCCGCAGAUGCACUGAAAUCACGAGGGAGGUUCUGAAUGCGGCCAAGACAUCCCAUGCGGCAUCCUUCCAUCAGGCCUCAGAUAAACACGGCCAGGAAGUCUCGUUGUGUGAUAGCAAUCGAGCUGGUGAUAUGGAUGCACUUGAAUCAGUCAACAACCAUCUAGGGCGCAAUGGCGAUGUUGAUGGCCAUGAACCUACGUAUGAGGAAGUAUACUCGGGCCUAGUGGACACAAACUUGGUGUACAAUUUGCUCAACUUUGAAGAUUGGAACGCCUGGUCUGCAACAGAUGACCGCCCAGGUUCAGAGACGGGUAAUUUCUUGGGCUAG